AUGACUUUUCUUCUGCCUAGCCUCCAACACAGUCCACAAUUUACGGAUCGGGGAUGUGCUGGCAGCAUCGGAAAACAACACUUUACCUACCUUUAUAGCCGUGCUCGCAAUGAAUUUUCCACACGUAGGAACAAGCUUUCGGGAUGGUCGAAAAGUGGGCUGCAGCCUUUCAACCCAGAGAAAGUUCUUGGAGGCAUCCAAAAGCCUCCCGAAGAAAUAGCGCAGCUCCAGCCUGAUGCCGGGGUCAAUGCUCCUCACCCUUCUUCUGAUGAGCCUCCUGUCACGCCCGUCGCGUUCGAUGGCGUAUGCCUUCUACGAAAAAUCAUUGAGGAGGAUGUACGUAAUCUAGAUGUGCGUGGCAAGCUUUGCUUUCAAAAAAUGCUCAACGCUACCGAAAAGGCAUUUGCGGGACGUUCCCUUCUUCUUCAGCGGAACCAAGAAUUAUUCCAACAGAAUGAGAAGGAAAUCCGGCAAGUUGUGAAAUCGACGGUUGUUGGCAAGGCUACGGUCAUGAAGUACGAGGAUAUUGUUGAAGCAAAACGAAAACGGGAGGAAAAGGAGUUCUCCCGGGUGUUGAAAAAACGCAAAACACGAAGAAAAACCCCAGAACCAAGAGAGAACAUCCAAGCACAUGCUCCUCGGCCUAUGGAGGAGUUUUGCUCUGUUCUCCAAUUUUGA